AUGACAACCGUACUUCCAACGUCAGUAAGCAACCGAAGUUUAUACUGUGAUGAGUGCCGAAGCUGAUGCUGACUGGUCGUAGCAGCGCGUUACCCAGCUAUUCCUCUCGGACGACUGCAACGCUGGAAUCUAAGAGUAAAGUCAUAACAGUAUAGAACUGACACGUUGAAGAUGCAGUCGGUCGUAGGUUUGGGACUUUUGUGCACAUUAAUUGCUUGUCGUUUUUGCUCCGGAUUCUAUCUUCCGGGUUUGGCCCCGGUAAGCUUUUGCGAGGGGGUUAAGGACAGCGGCGAUGACUGUCAGUCUCUAAUUCAGCUGUUCGUGAAUCGCCUUGACUCUGUGGAGUCCGUGUUGCCUUAUGAAUAUGAUGUGUUUGAUUUUUGUGACGAUGAUCAGGAGAAGAAAUCAUCAGAAAACCUUGGCCAGGUGCUGUUUGGCGAGAGAAUCGAGUCAUCGCCGUAUAAGUUUUCAUUCAUGAAACCGAACAAAUGUCAGAAGGUCUGUGCCAAAUCAUACGAUACAUCAAGAAAGGAUGAUCAGGAGAAACUGGAUUUCCUAAAGAAUGGAAUCCAGCUAAACUACCAGCAUCACUGGAUCGUGGACAACAUGCCCGUCACGUGGUGCUAUGACGUCGAGGACGACCAGAAGUACUGCAACCCCGGCUUCCCCAUCGGCUGCUACGUGACGGCGGACGGCCGGGUGAAGGACACGUGCGUGAUCAAUUCCCAGUUCAACAAGAGGAACACGUUCUACAUCUUCAAUCAUGUGGACAUCACUAUAACCUAUCACAGCGGGGAGGGAGAGGGCUGGAGAGGGUCGCGCUUGGUGGCAGCUAGACUGGUGCCCAGGAGCGUAAAGCACGGUAACGCAGAAAACCCAACUUGUGAUGGGCCCCCCAUGGAGCUUCCUGGAGAUUUGAAAGGCAAACUGAAUCUCACUUACACCUACUCCAUCACCUAUGAGAAAAACAAUGACAUCAAAUGGGCCUCCCGGUGGGACUACAUUCUGGUCUCCAUGCCUCACACCAACAUUCAGUGGUUUAGUAUAAUGAACUCCUUGGUCAUCGUACUCUUCCUGUCGGGCAUGGUGGCCAUGAUUCUUCUGCGGACCCUUCACAAGGACAUCGCCAGGUACAACCAGCUGGACCAGGCAGACUUGGUAAAGAUACCACCACAGCCCAAGAAUGCCUUUAUUUCCUAUGAGGAGGCCCAGGAGGAGUCUGGGUGGAAGCAGGUCCACGGGGAUGUCUUCAGGCCGCCGCGGAUGGGCAUGUUGUUGUCCGUCUUCCUUGGGCAGGGAGUGCAGAUCUCCAUCAUGACUUUCAUUACCCUGUUUCUGGCCUGCCUGGGUUUCCUGUCUCCAGCCAAUCGCGGCGCUCUGAUGACCUGUGCAGUCGUCUUGUGGGUUCUGCUAGGAACCCCAGCUGGCUACGUGUCCGCCCGCAUGUACAAGACCUUCGGCGGUGAGAAGUGGAAAACCAACGUCCUGCUGACUGCGCUGUUGUGCCCAGGGGUGAUAUUCGCAGAUUUCUUCCUCAUGAACCUGAUCCUGUGGGUGGAGGGGUCAUCAGCAGCCAUGCCCUUCGGGACACUGGUGGCCAUCCUGGCCAUGUGGUUCGGCAUCUCUGUGCCGCUCACCUUUGUAGGGGCGUACUUCGGCUUCAAGAAGCAGCCGAUCGAGCAGCCAGUACGGACCAAUCAGAUCCCUCGGCAGAUCCCCGACCAGUCCUUCUUCACCAAGCCCAUCCCGGGGAUCGUAAUGGGCGGGAUCCUGCCCUUCGGCUGCAUCUUCAUCCAGCUCUUCUUCAUCCUCAACAGCAUAUGGUCCCAUCAGAUGUACUACAUGUUUGGCUUCCUGUUCCUGGUCUUCAUCAUCCUCCUCAUCACCUGCUCCGAGGCCACCAUCCUGCUGUGCUACUUUCACCUGUGCGCUGAGGACUAUCAUUGGUGGUGGAGGGCGUUCCUGACCAGCAGCUUCACGGCGGUGUACCUGUUCAUCUACGCCGUGCACUACUUCUUCUCCAAGCUGCAGAUCAUCGGAGCCGCCAGCACCAUCCUGUACUUCGGCUACACCCUGAUCAUGGUGCUCAUCUUCUUCCUCUUCACAGGUACCAUCGGGUUCUUCGCCUGCUUCUGGUUCGUCAGUAAAAUCUACAGCGUUGUGAAGGUGGACUGAGGCGGGGGCUGGACUCUCCCUCUCCACAAGAAGCCUUCGCACCGCGCCUGUGAGACACGUACAGAGACAGAGGGGCCCAUUCUAUCUUUCCCGUUUGUUUGGGGGGGGAAAGUCGCGUUAUAUAAACAUAUUUUUUUAAAUUUCACUCUUAGGUUACUGUUAGAAUUGUCAUUGCGGUUAUCGAUAUGACCUGCACUGAAAUAGAGGAGACGGGGACCUUGUGUGAUAAGUCCAAAGAUAUCAUCACUGCUUUUAUUUUAUUAUUAUUAUUGUUCUUUUUAAGAAGUACCUUAAGUUGUGACACUUAUUUUGCCUGUUUUGUUUUGUUUUUUUUCUACACCUUGGCCAUGGCAUGUCCCUGUACUGCUAAUUAUGCCCAUUCUGAGAAACAGCUGGCAAACAGACAUGGUUGUUAGCAUGUCAUAAAUGGCUCAAAUGAUUUUGAGGAUGAUGAUCUAUGCUAAAAAUGUAUUGUUUAUUCAUUUCGACAUUUAAGUUUGAUUUGAGAGAACAAAUGUGAAUGUGCAAAUGGAAUUUUAAAAACAUUUUUGUACGCUGUUCAUUUUCCAUUUUACUUGAUGUUGAUAUGGUUUUCCUUUCUGUUUUUACAAGUAAGUCAUAAAGAACGAAGUCAUUGUUUUUAAUGGUAAAUUGGAAAGUAUUUUUUCUGCGUAUUUCUCUGUCCUCUUUCUAAGAUGAAAUCCACAAUUCACAGAGAAUAUUAGCUUUUCUUGAAUAGUUGUGAUAAGGCUUUUAUUUUUGUUUAAUUUUGGAGUUUUUUCCAUUUGUUUGGGGAGUGGGCAGAGGGCCAAGGAUGCUGUACAUACGUAAGGUUCUGUAUGUUCUUUUUUUUGUUUGUUUUUUUUUUGUAUUCAAUGUCCUAAACUAUGCCAUUGCCCAGAUUCAAAUCUGUGGGCGCUUCUCUUAGCAUUUAUACUUUGCGUUAAUAUAUGCAUAACAUAAAUAAAACUGCACUGCACAGA